GCGAGGUCGCGAUCUCGAUAUACAUCGGAGCUGCGGAUGUAUCGCUUCUAUCUUUCUUCUUUCCCCAAGUCCCUACCCUCUCUGCUACUUGAUUGUAAAACCUUGUAGUUCCAGCUUCACAAACUCGCCAUGGCUUCCAUGCUUCGAUCAGUCACUCGUCCCACAGCACUUCGAGCUGUUGCGACCACUCAACCUCUGCGAUCUCUCACAACAGCCAACAAGACCUUUGUCCGAAACAAAGCAACUCUCCCUGAUCUUUCCUACGACUAUGGUGCUCUUGAGCCUGCCAUCUCUGGCAAAAUCAUGGAGCUUCAUCACAGCAAACAUCACCAAACCUACGUAAACUCCUACAAUGAUGCCGCCGAUAAGUACGCGGCCGCCGAAGCCAACGACGAUAUCGCUGCGAAAAUUGCUCUACAGCCCUUGGUCAACUUCCACGGUGGUGGUCACGUCAACCACACUCUCUUCUGGGAGAACUUGGCUCCCAAGAACUCUGGAGGUGGUGAGCCUCCCUCUGGAGAUCUGGCCAAGGCCAUUGACAGCACAUAUGGAGGUUUGGAAGACUUUAAGAAGAAGUUCAACACUGCUCUGGCAGGAAUCCAGGGCAGCGGUUGGGCCUGGUUGGUCAAGGACACUCAGACAGGAAACAUCUCCAUCCAGACAUUUGCCAACCAGGACCCUGUGGUCGGUCGAUACAAGCCCCUGCUGGGUGUUGAUGCAUGGGAGCAUGCCUAUUAUCUUCAAUACCAGAAUCGAAAGGCCGAGUACUUCAGCGCCAUUUGGGACGUGAUCAACUGGAAGGCUGCUGAAAAGAGGUUCUGAGCGCUUUCACAAAAUAACGAUUGAACAUCACUACAUACCCUUGCUCUCCGCUGAGCAUCUAAUCAAUCUACAGACCUUGCAGAGUUGACCAAAAUCCACGAUCUCUUCUGACCGAAUUUCAUUCCCUUUAUCUAUUGAU